UUACGACUCGUAAAAAAUCAUAGCAAAUUCCACGUAAGAUUUACAGUGCAACACAGUCGACCUAAAUUAGGGUAUUAAUUAGGAUUAGCCAAAGUUAGCGCUGAAAUGAAGGUCUUGCAAGGCGUUCGAAUAGUGCUUAUACCACUUGUUGUGGCCCUGUUCAUCCCGAACGAAAGUUCUGCCACCCAAGCUCCACGUCCCCUCGGCGUUUCCCUGGCCAAGGCUACGCUGUACCAGCCGCGAGCGGACAACAGUUGGACUUGCCUUGACGGCAGCCGGAGCAUACCCUUUUCACAAGUCAACGACGACUUCUGCGACUGUGCGGAUGGCAGCGAUGAACCAGGCACUGCCGCCUGCCCACAGGGCCAGUUCCAUUGUUUGAACAAGGGCCAUCAGCCGGUGGACAUUCCCAGUUCACAGGUCCAGGACGGAAUCUGUGACUGCUGCGAUGGCAGCGAUGAGUCACAGGAUGUUGGGUGUACCAACACGUGUCAGGAACUCGGAGCAGCUGCUGCUGUACAACGCAGGAACGAGGCUGAGCUUCACAAGCGAGGAGCCGAGCGUCGCCUGGAAAUGAUUACCAAGGGCAAGCAGAUGCGCGAAGAGCGAGAGGCGCGCCGUCAGGAGCUAAACCAGCGACACAAAGAACAGGAACUUCUACGCACCGAGAAGCAGCAGCUCAAGCAAAAUGCCGAGGCUCUGGAAUCGGAGGCUGUCGAAAUCUUCAAGGAGCAGCAACGGGAACUGCAUGCAGAGACCGCUCAAGCGGAGCAGGAACCACAACAAAUGCGUCAAGAGGCCUCCCUUAGCUUUGUCCGGUAUGACACCAACAAGGAUGGCUUCGUCGAGGUCACUGAAUUGAUGGUGGACAUGAAUCUGGACAGCGAUCGCAACGGUGUGGUCACCGUCGAAGAAGCCAAGUACUUCCUUGACGAGCGUGAUCGCGUGGAUCUAGACGCGUUCAUUACGCUCGCCUGGCCCCGGAUUAAGCCUUUGAAAAUGUUGGCCGAGGGUCUGUUCCAGCCGCCGCAGCCGGAGGUGGUGGCUCCAGAAGUUGAAGGCCAGCAGGCGGAGGCAACCACCGAAGGAGUCCAGCCCACACCGCCAAUAAUCAGCGAAGAACAAGCUGAGCUGGCAGGCAAUGAGGAUAUCGAUGCUGACGAGGAAGGCGAAGAGGAUCAAUAUGAGGAUGAAGAAGAACCUGAUGUGGGUGUUGGUGAAGCAUCUCCCGAUGUAGAAGACGCCACACCACCGGUAUAUGACCCCGAGACUCAGCGUCUGGUCCAGCAAGCCAACGAAGCACGGAAUGCCCUCGAGGAAGUGGAGCGAAGCAUUCGCGAGAUCGAUCAGGAGAUCAAGGAGAUUGACGAGCAGGAGGGCAAGGACUAUGGCCUCAGCCAAGAGUGGGCGGUGCUCGAUGGCCAGUGCUACACCUUCGAAGAUCGAGAGUAUGUCUACACUCUCUGUCCCUUCGAUCGCACCUCGCAGAAAUCCAAGAAUGGCGGUCCUGAGACCACCCUGGGUCGCUGGGAUCAGUGGAUCGGCAAGCCGAAGAAGUAUUCGCAGCAACGGUACGCCAAUGGUGCCGCCUGUUGGAAUGGUCCUCAGCGAUCGGCUAUUAUCAACAUCAAGUGUGCUCUGGAUCCAAAGAUCACGGCCGUCAGUGAGCCAAACCGUUGCGAAUAUUUCUUUGAAUUUGAAACUCCCGCGGCCUGCGAUAGCGAAGCUUUUCAAGCUGAAACGGAAAGCCUGCACGACGAACUCUGAAAAUAUAAACCAGCGCAGACCAAUGGAACAGCAGGAGUAUGUGCUUGGCAUUCGAGUUUUAGAGAUUUGGGGAUUGUAUUUUAGUUGUAAACAAAAAAACAACACUUAAGUUUUGUCGACAUCAUUCCCAAGCUGAAGAAGGAAAGAAAACCAUCAAAAAUUGUAGCAAAUUAAUUGAAAACUAUGCAUUUAAGCAAAAAGUAAAUCAAGUUUCAUUCUGAAUAAAGUGUUAACACACAUAGUAUUUUUAAAGAACCAUAA